AUGGCGUCAGCUGAUGCUAUUGAACGGCAAACAGUAUGCCGACGUGGGUUUAUCGGAUCAUUGUAUGAUAUUCGAACAGAUAAACUGGAAGGUACAAACUUGUUCAAAAAAAAAUUACCUGAAGAAUUCAUUGAUGUUAGUGACAAUGCUCAUACCAGUUAUGAACUGCUUUUCAACAAUUCACAAAAGGAAACAUUCGAUAAAAUGAAUAUCGAAGCAAGUUUGAAACUAAGUUUAAUGGCUGGUAUAGUUGACAUAACUGGAUCGGCAAAAUAUCUAAAAGAAACAAAAACCGACAGUCUCACAAUUCGAGUUACAUAUGUCUACAAAGUGAAAACAAAACAAGAGCAGUUACAUAUUGCAAUGGCUGGCUUGUCAGAGUAUUUUUCAGCAGAUGCAUUAGAAAAUUCCAAUGCCACACAUGUGGUGACUGGAAUCAUGUGGGGUGCAAAUGUUGCUGCUACAUUUGAACAAGUAGCUGAAAAUCUCGAGGAAGUGCAAAAAGUGGAAGGAUCCUUAUCAGUUGUUUUGAAAUCCUUGCCAAUCAGUGGUGAAGCAAAACUUGACCUUCAAAAUAAAGACAAGUCCAAAUUUGAAAAAUUACAAAUCAGUUUAUCGGGGGAUAUACUUAUCGAUGAAUGUCCACAAAAUAUUGAGGACGUGAUGCGUGUCUUCAAAAAGGUUCCAAGUCGAAUCAAGACAUUGAAUGAAGGAAAAGGACAACAGCUUAUUUUUGUGUUGUAUCCAUUAAAACGAAUGGCAGAAAUUUUUAAACAUGAAUUACAAAUUAAUAGGAUGAUAAGAGAAGUAUCACAUCUGGUCGUUAUGCGUAUUGAAGACAUUUUUGAAGAUAUUUCGACAGGAAAGAAAAAAUUCAAUGAUUUUCUUAACGAAAUAAAACCAUGGGAACAUUAUAUUUCACGUGAUUGGCGAGAUGCAAUUCGUCAGAAACAGGCUGAACGAAUUGCAGCUGAAGUGAAAACACAACGUGAAUUAUCAACUUUAUUGCAAAAGAUUCGUGGUGGCCAGGCAGAAGAAUCUGAAAUGGAAAGAUUAUUAGACGACUUCGAUCGUAAAAACCCAUGUUCAUCAAUGUCAAUUGAACGGCUUCUGAGAGAAAAGCGAAAUUUGACAUUAAAAAUUCGCGUAUUGAAAGAUUUUCAACCUGAAAAACAUUUGUUGAAAGAAAUAACAUCUAUCAGAGAUAUUUUAUCAGACUUAUAUGAUAAAAAUGUGUAUUUGUUACAUGUAUCUGAAGAAUGGGAAACAGAAGACAGAGACAAUUCGUUGAAGCAGCUGAGAUUUUUUAAAGGUAUGAUCAAGAAUGAAACAAUUGAUUCUGCUUUUAUCGUGAUCGAUUAUGAUUUACAUCAUUCUGAUUUGGAGAAGGACAAAGAUAAAGCAAAUAAAUGUUGUAUUUAUCAUGCAGCACAUGGAAAGAUCAAAUCCAAAGAUUAUUACCAAGAUUCAUUAAAAAAAUUAUCACCUAGUCAAAUUUCAUUUAUUUUAAAAGAAAAUUCAAGUCUUUCAGAAAAAGAUAUUCUACAACGACAUAAAGACUUUCUGACUGAAUAUCCAACAGGGGAACUAACAGACGAUGAAUUCGUCGGAGAAUUACAAAAACUAUAUAAAGAGUACGUUGUAUCCGUAGAUGCACUUUCGAAACAGCAUGAUAAAAUAUUAUUUUUGUUUGACACGUUUAGUGGAAAUUCUUCAAAUUAUUGUGAUUACAUAUUUGCAGCAAUCGAUAAAGACAGAAGUGGCACUAUAAGUUUUAGCGAACUUAUGAGCGCUGUCGCUCUUACAUCGAUCGGAAAUGCAGACAACGUUGAAAAACGCCUUUCUU